UAUAGUGCUCACCUACGAUCGAACUCGGUUGCUGCUCGACUUUAACCAGCUUCCCUAUCGAUUCACAGAAACAUUGACUGCAUGUCUCACGACUAUGGUGGCAGCCUUCAACGGCUGGUAACAAGGCCGCACGUACACUUACAGCGAGGAUGAAAGAUUCGAACACGUCGAAGCUGCAUCUUGAAACAUUUCCACCACGCGCCCGGCCUACAUGAAAGGGACGCGUCACUUGAACGUCUUGGCUUUGCAUCACAACUCUGGUAAAUUCCAUUCUGGUCAUCUCGAUUAGAAAGAGACCGAAUAGCCUUCCACCCAUAUGACCCUGCCACCCCCAAAAUCUUUCCGCAGUGCUCCGUUCGAUAUAUCCAGUCAUGAUCUCCUCCGUUUCCGCUUCGCAACGCUUCCCCCCUUUGCAAGCACGCGUAAUCUCAGUGAAACCGGCACCUUGACCGAGUCUUUGAAGGGAGGCACUGCCACUGCAACAAGCCGGCAUCGCUCUUCGUGGGGUGUGAUGGUCUAAUCUUUCGGUGUGGAACCAAGCCCGAUCUGCAGAGAUAUACGGCCUUGGCUGUGAAUUAAGGUUGCACCUGCCGGCGACAGUGGCUGUUGCUUGUAGACGUGGGGACAAUUGUUGAGUCGUACUCUU